AUGGCUAUUGAAAAACUAAUUAAGCAAGGUGAUGAAGCAAUCAAGUCAAAGGAUUUCCUAGGGGCAAUCCAAUUAUUUUCACAGGCCAUUAAGGAAAACCCACAAGCUUUUCAAGCUUUCUUGAAGCGUGCAGUAUCAUAUCAAAAAUUGAAAAACUUGGAUCAAGCUAAAAGAGAUAUUUCAACUGCGUUUACGAUUGCAAAUGAUAGAGGAAGGAGGUCUGACAUUGGGUUAUGCUAUUUCAAGUUGGCGUUGAUCUAUUACCAGGAAAAGAAGUUGAAGAUGGCAUUGUCACAAUUCAAAAAGGCUGAGGAAUAUGAUUGUAAGGAAUCAACAAUUGAGUUUUGGAAGAAUAAAUGUGAGUUUGAUUUAAAGAAUCACCCGGAGUGGGAUGUGGAGGAAAGUGAUGAUGAUAUAUUUGAUACUGAAGAUCAAGACAUCGUUGAAGAGGAUAAGAAGGAUGUACCAAAGAUAGAGGAGUUGGAAGAGAAUGAUAAAAAAGGAAAGGACAGCGCAAAGAGCGAUGCAAAGGGUGAUACAAUGAGUGAUGUAAAAAGUGAUUCAAUGAGUGAUGCAAGGAGCUCAGCCAACGUAGAUAUUAUCAACAAAAUUUCACCAUUAAGUGUUAAAAUCAGAGAUGACUGGUAUCAAAGCAAUGAGGAAGUCAUCAUCACAAUCUAUGCCAAGAACGUAAAAGAAGACAAGUUGGAUAUCCAGUUUGAGGAAAAUUCCGUAUCAAUUUCAUUCCCCGGUGUGAAUGGAUCCGAAUACAAUUACAAUCUAGAGCCUUUGUAUGCCGAAAUUGACGUUGCGGAAUCUAGAUACAAACUCUACUCAACCAAAUUGGAAAUUACAUUGAAAAAGAAGACUCCAAGUAAGUGGCCAUCAUUGGAAAAGGAACAAGGCACCUCUACCCAAGAGGAUAAAACUGACGCAGCUGCAUACCCCACUAGUUCGAAAAAGAAGAUCAAUUGGAAUAGCUUUAAAGUUGAUGAUGAUAAAGAUGGGGAGCAAAAAGAUUUCUUUCAAACAUUGUUUAAAGAUAUGGAUGAAGAUUCUAGACGUGCAAUGAUGAAAUCGUACGUGCAAAGUAAUGGUACCGUGUUGACUACUAAUUGGGAAGAAGCAAAAAAUAAAGAGUUUGAAACAUCACCACCAGACGGGAUGGAGGCUAAAAAAUGGGGUGUAUAG